GUUAUCCAACGAGACAGAGCCACACUGCUGUACCGGACUCAGUAUUGAUUUUCUUCACAAGAUAGCAGCCCAACUGAACUUUGACUACUACUUGUACGAAGUAGAGGAUUUACAAUGGGGCACCCAAAUGGCAGACGGAAACUGGGACGGGAUCGUUGGAGAAUUGAGAGAGGGCCGUGCGGAUAUGGCUGUGUCCUCCAUGACCAUCGACGAGGAUCGUAGUAAGGCCAUCAACUUCUCCGUGCCCUACAUGGAGACGGGGAUCACUUUCAUUGUUGCCAUCAGGGAGGGGGCCAUCUCAGCCACUGCAUUUUUAGACCACCGAUUCUCUCUAUUUCGCACGUUCUGGCUUAUGUGGGCGAUGCUGUUUGGCGCAGCGGUCACAACCGACACUCCCCGAGGAGUGUCCAGCAAGUUUAUGUCCAGUAUCUGGGCACUGUUUGCCCUAGUUUUUUCGGCGUCUUACACCGCUAAUCUGGCUGCUUUCAUGAUUACUAAAGAGGAAUACUACGACUUGGCGGGCAUGCAGGACUGGAGGGUAAGAAUGAAGAGAGAGUGAGAA